AUGUCUCACAUUAUUAGCCUGAGCUUCUGUCGAGCAGAUGCCCAGCUCGAGGAAGCAGUCCAAGUAUGCACUCGCUCUUUCCACGACAUAAUCCUCACUCGAAUCACUUGUGGAACCGACACCGAGCUUGCAUCCCUCCAAUGGCGCGGUCUCCUCCGCGCAGGCCUCUACAGUGGUGAAGUCUAUGUUGCGAGCGAUAGCUCGGUCGAGGCUGGAGAGGACAGGAUAAUGAGCGAAGACAAGGCGCUUGGAUGGAACGAGUUCUGGGAGAAGCUGACCCCAGAAACGCGGGAAUGGUAUGCGAACGUUUACGGCGCUAAGGCUAAAGAGUCCAUGAUGACGGCCAUGCCUGUCCAGACGCAAAUAGAUUGUCACUGGGCCCGCGUCCUCGCCACCGAUCCUGCGUAUCAACGCCGAGGCCUCUGUACCGCCAUCAUCGAGCAAGUAGCAGCGAAGGCGAAAGCGAAGGGGGAGAUCUUGGGGUUGGCGACUGUAAAUGAAGAGAAUGUAAAUCCUCCUGAUAUUCUUCGUUGA